GCCACCACAUUAUUUUAUUUAAAAAUGACCGAAAGUGAUAAAGCCGAAGUUUUCAAUUUUUUAUUGGAGACUGGGUGUUGCAAAAGGUGCGCUUUACGCUACGUUGGCGAUAACACAGCCGAUUAUGAUAAUCCACAGCAAAACGGACACGACCAGUUGGCGAAAAAGACGAAAUUGAAUUCGUGCAUAAUUUGUCUCGAUUUGCUCCAAGAUGUGACUCUUGAAUCCAUGGUUCAGUGUGAAGAACUGGAGGGUGUUAAGGAGUACGAUUGCAAGACUUUUAUUAAUUUCAUUAGUUUUCCGGUUGCUGUUCUAAUAAGGGAACACAGCAUGGAGAUUCAUAUGAAUGAGAAGUUCCCCAAGUUUUUUGAAGAUCGUAACAUUGUUCCAAUAAACAGGGCAUGGUCCUUGUCAAUACAAAACAAACUGGGCGAAAAACUUGGCAAAAAGUUCAAUAAAGAUUCAUUGCUCCAAAUCCAGUUUAACACGACUUAUGAAUUUGAAAAAGAGGAGUCGUCAAUUAUGUUUCUGAUGGAAAGUAGACUGAAAAAAUCAAAUGGACAAAACGAGGGUCUUAGUCGUAACGUAAUCGGGGAGUUUUUAAAGACAAUAAACACCGAACUUUUCAAAAAACAUGCCGCUGUCCCUCCGGAACCGCCCGGGAAAGCUUUAAGUUUCGACCAAGUGGCUUACAAGCACGAUUAUAUUUUUAUAGCCGGAAGGUACUGUAAAUAUUCAAGAAACCUGUUUCAAACACCGUGGGCCAACGACGAAGUCCAAGUAAUCAACAGUUCAGUUCAAGAAAUUUUAUUUAAGUCGCUGGAAAGCGUCUUUAAAUGCAGCAGUUUGGUGUUUUCGUCAAGUGGUCGUGAGGAUUUUGACGUACGAAUGCUAGGAAGAGGCCGUCCGUUUUUCGUAAAAAUAUGUGACCCCAAAGUCACCACAAUACCAUUUGAACAAUUCCGCCUGAUUGAGAAACAAAUUGAAGAAACUAAUUUAAUUGAAGUCAGAGACUUGCAAUUUAUUUCGCGGAAGUUGCUUAACAAUAUCAAAGAGGGGGAACAAUUUAAACAAAAGACGUACAGGGCGUUGUGUGUCGUAGACAAGCCGGAAAAAAUUGGCGAAUAUAUUGAAAAAAUCAACAACAUGAAAAGGGUGAAAUUGCUACAAAAAACGCCCCUGAGAGUGUAUCACAGGCGGUCGGCUGACGUCAGGGAGAAGGAGAUUUACAACAUGGAGGCAAGGCCGGUCACAGGUGCUAGUAGUUUAUUCGAGUUGGACGUUCUGACCCAAGCUGGUACUUACGUAAAAGAGUUCGUGCACGGCGACCUCGGAAGAACUAGACCUUCAUUACGCGAAAUAAUGGGCGGUUACGUCGACAUUAUCGCUUUAGAUGUAUUGGACAUUCACUUAGAUUUUCCACCCCGUAUAAAUAAAAAACAAAAAUAAA